CAAACACCUGGGGUUAAUGAUUGCAGGGCUGGAGUUUGAGAGUAUAAAAGGCAGCCAACCCCUUCUCACACUUACCUUGACUGUUUGUCAUCAUGUCUUUCAAUGGAAAGUACCAGCUGGAGUCUCAGGAGAACUUUGAGUCUUUCAUGAAGGCUAUUGGUCUCCCUGAUGAACUCAUCCAGAAAGGCAAAGACAUCAAGAGCAUAUCUGAGAUUGAGGAGACUGGUGACAACUUUAAAGUGACGGUCACCACUGGCUCGAAGGUUCUUGUCAACACCUUCACCAUUGGGAAGGAGGCAGAGCUGGAGACUGUCACUGGGGAGAAGGUCAAGGCGGUGGUUCAGCGUGACGGUAACACGCUGACGGUCUCCCUAAAGGGAAUCCAGUCCGUCACAGAACUGGUGGAUGGGAACACGCUUGUCAAUACGAUGACUCUUGGAGGCAUUGUGUACAAGAGGACUAACAAACGCAUGUAAAUGUCUGCCCUUGGGAUAAUAAACAAAUUUAAAAGAAGG